AUGGCAGUCCGCUUCCUGAUGGCACCCCCAGAUGGAGUUGCGAGACGGGGGUCUCCAUUCCGUGAAGACGAAGACUUCCACGCCCGAUGUAAAGUGAUUCCUUUCGGCAGUCAGCCACCGCCGCGUCGCAGCCUUGCUUGCCUUCCAUCUUACCGCACCCUUCUUCAGGGCAACUGUUCUCAGAAACGCCAACUGUCUACAUUGCAUGUCUGCCCUGAAGAAGGCUCGUCCGAAGCUCCUACGGCUCGACGUGCCCGGGCAGCCGAGAGGAACCACAGGCCUUCAUAUGGACUCCAUGGGGAUGGCGUUGGCGCGGCGCACGAGCGCCAGCGGCAGCGCGAACUGCAGCUGCGGGACGACGAUGGCGACGAGCAGCGCCGUCGGCGCCAGCAGCAGCGCCGUCGCGUACAGCACCAGCGUCAGGGCGGCCGGCACCGCCAACAUGGCGGCGAUGCGCUUCCUCUGCACGUCCUGGCGUCGCCCGGCUGCAACAGCGCGCCCAAUCGCUCUUUACGUUAA